CGCGCGGAUCAACAGUCGCGCGUCUCUCGCGGCGUAUGCACGUAUUGCUCCGUUUUAAAACUCCGUGUAUACGUCCAAAAUUCGUUGGAUUUUUUUGCCGUUUUUUUCUCCUUUUUUUCAUCCGAUCGCUCUACGUAGGCCCGCACGACAGUUCCUCGAUUUAGUUCUGGAUUCUCUCGGGCUUCUGAUAAAAGAAGAAAAAGAAGUGACAAUAAUAUUUCUCUAUACUCGUGACGUGUGACACGCGGUACUCAGCGUGCCUGCAAAAAUCCAAAUCGAACGACGCGCCGUGCCGCGCGUUCUAUCUCUCUCCUGCGGAAUUUUACCCUCGGAAUGCUGUGAUCUUUGAUCGAUAUCGCAUUCGGAAGAAUCAUCAGUAUCUCGUCGUUGUCGUCAUUGGCAGUGCGUGUGUUUGUGUACGAUAUUUAAGCGAGCGUUACUGCGAUUCGCUCGUUACAUGUACUUAGCUGCCCUUUUGGAUACUGCACACGAGUGCUGCGAUGAAAACAUAAUAACGAUAUAAAACAGUGCCUACUGCAGCGGACUUACUACUUGCUUUGGAUUCGCACUCUAACCUAUAUAAUGCCAAGCGCCGCACAGUCGCAGCGGUGUGUUUUGUUCGCUGCUCCGUUUUGAAAAUCAGUGCAGAGUUAUUAAAAUUCGUUGAGGUGUUGGCCUACACGAUACAUCUCGACUCUAAAGUCUGUGUACCUACGUGCAUUCAGUACGAGCCACAAUAACACGCAUACACUCGCAGGUGUACCACGACUAUUGUUAUUGUUGUCGUCGUUGUCGUCGUUGUCGUCGUUGUCGUCGUUGACAGAGGCAUCGCGGAAAUUUCUCUGCCACCGCCUGGCUGCCACUGUACUCUGCCGCUACAGCACGAAGAACCGAAGAUCGAAGACUCGUCAUCGAGGAAUUACGCAGAGACGCGUAAUUCUCGCUAAAUAUACGACACAUACACUACUCGGAGGCGCGCGCGGGGGGGCUCCGUAGAAGUCAAGAUAGUUAUUACGGCCGCGGUUACGAGUAGCGAGCCCGAGAAGACGACUCUCGUACAUUAUACAUCUGUAACAAAAGCAGACACUAACGCCAAGCAGCAGCGACGCAGCGCGUGCAGGUGGAUCUCUCCCGCCGAUGUGUGCCGCCCGCUAGUUAUAUCGUACGCUCGAGGACGACGAUGUGCUACGAGUUACCUGCAACAACGGCCGCGAGGAGCACAAUGAUCAUCGCUAGAUCGAGCAAGAAAAAGUCAAUCCUCGAAAUUCCUUAAUAGUGUUCACAAUAUUUAGUGCCGGCGGUUUACUUCAUUGCCGUUGUUGUUGUUGUUGUUGUUGUUGUUGUUGUUAUCGUUGGUUUUUUGUUUGUUUCUUCUAUCUCAUUCAUCCGUACAUAGAGAGAGAUCUGCGCGCAGAUGGUGACAUAUACAUUGGCGAGAUCGGCGCGUUUCGAAGAUCGUCGAUAUUCAAGCAGUGAUACACUCGUACUAAAACGGUGAAUACGCGAACACACACACAUACUCACGUAUACACACAUAUACACGAGCCCGUACACUAAUAAUAGAAGAUAAAUGGUAAAUGUGUGUGUGUAUAGAUAUACAAUCGCAAGAGACGUGCGAGCUCGGGCGAAAUCGGGCAACUCGACGAGAGAGAAGACUCGUGCUCGUGCGGGGCUAAUCGGCCAAAUAGUGACUGUGUAUUAGUGGCCCGUACAUUUAUUUUGGUUUUUUUCGUCUUCUCUUACCCGUGCCUGUGCUUGUGUAUAUAUUUGUGCGCGAGUUUACAUACAUGUGUGUGCGUCAACGUGUUCUGUAUGGAAAAGACAAGCAACGGAGCUAAUACACAGCUGCCUGCGACUGUUGCCGCAUAUUAUUAUACGAAAAAACGAAUCGCUCCUCAGUGAGAGAAGAAACAAAGGAGCGAGAGAGAGAGGAAAACGAUAAUCUUUCGGGCGAGUUUGCCUGGCUACGAGAAUCUUUUAGCUGUUGCUGCUGCUGCUAACGCCGCCGCUGCCGCUGUUACUACUGCCCCGAGAGAGAAAGAGAAAGACGUGUGUGCGAGAGAGACAAGAUGGCGGAGUCGAUCCAUUAUCAGAACGACUACAGGUCGCUGAUUAGCGAAAUCUCGGACAAGUAUGGUUUCGUGUACGAUCAGGACCGGCCGCUCGGCGUACAACUCGAGGAGAUCAAGGAGAACAUUAGAAAGGAAAUACGCAAGGAAUUAAAAAUCAAAGUCGGCGCGGAGAAGCUGAAAGCCCUCGCCACGGAUCGCAAGUCGCUGAGCGAGGUGAGCAUCCUCGUCAAGGAUUCAAAUGAGAAACUGCACGAAUUGCAGAUGGAGCUGAACAUGCUCGAGAGUCAAAUUAUUUUGACGCAGAGGGACCCCCCAUCGCCCCCGCACAACCACAACAAUGGCCAAGAUCAGGCACAGUCGCCGCAAGCCAGUGCCGACGAAGCCGUCAAGGAGGACGUCGAAAAAGAUUUCCGACUGGUCACCUUGGAAAAGCAGCUCAAUAUCGAACAAAAGGUGAAGCAGGGCGCGGAAAACUUGAUCCAGAGCAUGACGAGCGCGGGCCACAAGGACAAGAAGAUGCUCCAAGAGGCCCAGCAGAUGCUCGACGAUUCGCGCGCGAAGAUCGAAUUUCUGCGCAUGUGCAUCAUGAAGCAGAAGCAGGCGCGCGAGCAGCAGCUGGCGAGGGCGGCGCGCCGCGAGGACGCGCCGGCACAGAACGGUGACGCGGCCGGCGGCGGCCACAGGGACCACAGCGACGCGAGCCUGGAGCUGGCGCUCGAGGAGCGAAUCCAGGAGCUCCGACACAGGCUGAGGAUCGAGGCGGCCGUCAGCGAGGGCGCCAAAAAUGUCAUACGCCUGCUACAGAGCUCCAAGGUUUCCGACAAAAAAGCUCUAUCCGAGGUGAGCUUGUUACAAAUACAAAAGGCCCAAGAAAGUUUGACCGAAUCAAGCCGGAAGCUGGACCUACUGAGGCUAUCAUUGGAGAGGCGCAGACAGGAGCUGCCACCGGAUAAUGAAUUUGCAAUUCAAUUAAAGGGAGAAUUGCAAAAAGUUCAAUCAUCCAGUCCGGCUACCGUCACCUACACAUCUUAUAAAAAUGAUAAUCCAUUUAAAGGAGAAAUUCAAGAUAGAUCAGUAGUACCCGCACCGAUUUCGAGAACUGCUUGUGUUACUGGGCAGUUAGAGGUCAGACUAAUGGGAUGUCAAGAUUUAGCGGAAGAAGUUCCUGGGCGUACGAAGCGCGAUCAUUCAGCGAGUCCAGACAUACGAAGUUUAGUCAAAAAAGGCGUUACCGGCCGUAGCUCAAGUAAAUCUUACAGUGUCAAAGAUGAAACGAGUAACGAUAUUAUGGCAAAAAUCAAGCUCGACAACGUACUGGUUGGGCAAACAAAUUGGCGUCCGUGCUCUCAGCAAGCUUGGGAUCAGAGAUUCCGAAUCGAUCUAGAUAAAUCGCGUGAGCUCGAGAUCAGCAUUUAUUGGAAAGAUUGGCGCUCGUUAUGCGCUGUAAAAUUUUUGCGUCUCGAGGAGUUCAUCGACGACGUUCGACACGGAAUGGCGCUACAACUCGAACCUCAGGGUUUGCUGUUCGCUGAAAUCAAGUUCCUCAAUCCAAUGAUAUCGCGCAGACCGAGACUGCAGAGACAGAGAAAGAUUUUCAAGCAACAGGUGAAGAAUUUCCCCAGAGCCAAUCAAAUGAACAUCAACGUCGCUACAUGGGGUAGAUUGUUAAAGCGAUCGGCGCCGUCGUUGAAUCACAGUAACAAUCAUCAUCACAAUAAUAACAACAACAACAGGAAUUCCGAAAGCCCACCGUCGAGUAAAUCAUUGAGUGUGCAACCAACGCAACUAAAUUUCGAUACGUCAAUCGAAGAUAAAAAUGAAACACUCGGUGAAGUGCCCAAUCCCGACAAGAGUGGCUUGGGUGGCGCGAGACCACUUGGCGUUUCAGUCACACCAAGUGGUAGUCACGGUAGUUUGCAUCUUCACACGUCAACGAGUUCGCCACUACCUCAUCCACCAGACCAUCCACCACCACCUCCACCGGUGGCAAAGAAGCCAUCCGUACCAGCUCCCCCACCACCAACGGCCAAAAUCCUCGAUGAUAACGCACGAAAUAACUACUACCGCGAUUUCGACUUCCGUCCGAGAGAAGACAGAGGUGCAAUUUUGAGAGCCAUUGCUACGGAGCCACCGGCCGCGGUGUACGCUCCCGUCGCGCGGCCAUCGUGUUACGCGUCUCACCCACAACGCACACCUUCACCACAGCCAGUUGUCGAGUUUCCCGACGACGAGACUGAUUUCGCGCACGACGAGAUCGCUUAUGAAUUGCCAGCGCCAUCGAGACCGCUGCCGUUCAGAGACAGCGCGUACGAAUCUCGUCGCCAAUCCCAGUUCAAUACGGGCAUGGGCUUGGAAAAUUUCAGACUCUUGUCUGUUCUGGGCCGCGGGCAUUUCGGUAAAGUGAUACUUUCACAGUAUCGCAACACGGGCGAGUACUUCGCCAUCAAGGCGCUGAAGAAGGGAGACAUCAUCGCCCGAGAUGAAGUGGAGUCGUUGCUCUCAGAGAAGAGAAUAUUCGAGGUAGCCAAUGCUACGAGGCAUCCAUUUUUGGUCAAUUUGUUCGCCUGCUUCCAGACCGACGCGCAUGUUUGUUUUGUGAUGGAAUACGCUGGCGGUGGUGAUCUCAUGAUGCACAUUCACGCUGACGUAUUCGGCGAGCCUCGAGCUGUAUUUUAUUCGGCCUGCGUUGUCUUGGGGUUGCAAUACCUCCACGAAAGUCGCAUCAUAUACAGAGAUUUGAAAUUAGAUAAUUUACUCCUGGACACCGAAGGUUACGUGAAAAUUGCUGAUUUCGGUUUGUGCAAAGAGGGAAUGGGCUUCGGUGAUCGCACAGGUACAUUCUGUGGAACACCCGAGUUCCUCGCUCCUGAGGUACUUACUGAGACUUCAUACUCGCGGGCUGUUGAUUGGUGGGGUCUUGGAGUGCUUAUUUUCGAGAUGCUUGUUGGAGAGUCUCCGUUUCCGGGUGAUGAUGAAGAAGAAGUCUUCGACUCCAUCGUUAAUGAUGAGGUUCGCUAUCCUCGAUUCCUGUCACUUGAAGCUAUUGCUAUCAUGAGAAGACUGCUAAGAAAAAAUCCUGAAAGACGUUUGGGUAGCAGUGAACGCGAUGCCGAAGAUGUUAAAAAACAAUCUUUCUUCCGGCACAUAGCAUGGGACGAUUUGCUUCUAAGACGAGUGAAACCUCCUUUCCUUCCUGUUAUUAACUCUGCCGAAGACGUUAGUAACUUUGAUGAAGAAUUUACUUCUGAGAAACCUCAUUUAACUCCACCGAAAGAUCCUCGACCGUUGAGCGAAGCUGAGCAAGCCUUGUUCAAAGAUUUUACUUAUAUGGCAGACUGGUGCUAACCCCGAGCUAGAAGGAACGAACUACUAGACGUUCCUGCGAACUAUUAGACGUUCCGACAAAGUUCCAACGUAAAUGAAAUCAAUCGUGAGCUUCGAUAUCAAGCGCAGCUAAUUUUCUAUCAAAAUGUAAUUAUUACACAUUACACGCAUGUUUCAAACAUUGUCAGUGUAACUGGACGACAAAGUCCAUACUAAAAGUUUGUUCAUAGAGUAUCUGUAUAGUUUUUAUAUAUUUUUUUUUAUUUUAUGUUACAAUUUAAUAAUUUUUACUAUCAAUUUGUGUCCCGCACACUCACAAUUCAACGUGUUUUUAAUUAAACGAAGUGAUAAUAGCUCAGGAAAAAGGUUUAAAAUUAAUUUCAUAAGCUCAUUGACGAGAAUCCGCUGAAACUCCUGAUUUUAAAAUUUAAACAAUGGUAUAAAUACAUUGUCAUGAAAAAAGUGUUAAACGUUAACAUAAAACAUGUAAGUCGUCUAAUUUUUGUCAGAAUCAAACCUUUUACUUUUCAUGUAUAAAUAAGUUGAUUUGUAUAUUUAUGUAGAUUUGGUCGGAAGAAUAUACAGUAAAUAUUACUGAAUGAUCAAGUCA